AUGCAAAAUAUAUUGGAUAAGGCAUACGAUAAGUAUGCUCAGGGUAGUGUAUCAAAUCCUGGCUUGCAUCAAGACCUUUUAUGUGAUCCCAACCUGGUAGAAGAUUACACCGAUAUCCUCAAAAGCAUGCCAAGGAAGCCCGCAGAAGAAGAAGAGAACAGCGUGAAUGGAAGUGUUGUAUUGAGUAAAACCCAUGCAAAUUCCCCUCAGUCGUAUCGGUCGAGUAUCCUGAGCAACGGUUCAAGUAAUUAUUCGAUUCCCUCACAUGCAGCUGACUCAGAAGCGAUAUCUGAGAACAACGAAGACAUGCUUGAAGGCGGUUACGAAUACUCGGAUUCCGAGUUUGAAGACAACCUAGAGACGAGACUGAAACAGAUGGACUCAGAAUCACGGCGAGACGAGGGCAGCGGGUCAUCUACCGAAGAGCAAUCCUCCGAUGAUGAUCUGACGGUAGAUGCAGAACAGAACGAGGACGAUGAUGAGGAUGACUACCAACCACUUCCACCACCACAAGAAAUGGAUCCAGAUAAGCUUUAUGCUUUAUAUCCCUUUCAGGGUCCUGACCCAUCGCACUGCCAACUUUAUCAAGAUCAAAGUUGUAUACUUUUAAACGAUCAAGAUUCGUAUUGGUGGCUCAUUAAAAGAUGCGAUGAUGGUAGGAUCGGAUUCGCACCUGCGGAGCUCCUAGAAACAUUUCCAGAGAGGCUAGCUCGCCUCAAUUGCUGGAAAAAUGAAAAUAUGUCGGGACAAUCAUUGGGCUCCAACAGUACACAAUCCAAAAAUGUUAGUAUCCACGAGGAAACGACUGAUAGAAUGCAAUUAUCAUCUCCUUACAAUAAAAGUAGCAAAUCCGUGAGCUUUAACGAUGUUGUGAGCUAUGCAGAAAGAUACAUGGAAGAAGAUGACGAGGAAGAUGACCCGUUGAGCACUGAGGAAAAUCCCAAUGCACUUGAAGUCGAAGAUAAAUUAUAUGAAAGAAAGGUUGAUUUACACGAGGAUGAUGCAAGUGAGGUUACUAGUGAUGUUUCCUUCAAUACAGGAAGCACAUUACCUCUUCAAGUUAAAAAAGUGAGACAACGAGCGGACAGAGAGAAAAAAGAUGAAAUGAUCAAGUCUUUCGAGAGUGAUCUUGCAAAGGAUAAUUUGAAAUCACCGGACGAUGAUCUCCGUCAAGUUUUUCAAGCUCCAUCAAUGCCAUUUGCUGGGAACAAAGAUAUGCCGAAGUCUAAUUCAAAUUACUCGAUAUCGACGAUCGGUGAAUACUCUCCGAGCUCCUCUGAAUGGACAAAUGACUCUCCUCAGAUCAACGGUGGCGAAUUCGAUGUUGGCACUACUGAAGAAGGCAUUCCUUCAACGAGAGCUAUACAAGACAUCUCGAAAAUAGUAGGGGAAAUCAACGACGACGAAACAUAUGAUGCAGAAGAUGAACACGAAGCUGGUCUCGCAUGUCUUUCUGAAUCUGUAUCAAAGACUACUAAAGAUGACUUGAAAAUACAACGAGAAAGUAUAUCACUGUCUUCAGAGGAAUCUUGCAUAGACGACGGGCGCGGAACGUCUGCCACUACUCUUAAUAGUACGGCUUCUUUGAGUGAUGAGAAGUUCAGUCACCAUCCUAUCGUUAUUGAAUUGUACAAUCCUUUAUUCAGCAGGAUUGAUGAUUUGAUGAAAAAAUUGAAUCAGGUGCUGACAGAAUAA